GGAGGGGCAGUCACGUGAUGGGGGGAGGGGCAGUCACGUGGCUACUUGUGGGGGGGGGGAGUUUGUUGGUGUGAGGGCGAGUGGAGGGAGUGGAUUGAGGUGCGGAGCGAGAGAGACACAGAGAGAAGACUCCCCCGGCGAUGUCGGCCUGCUCUUGGGCCGAAGCCUCGGGCUCGCCUAGCGGGGCUGCCGGGAGAGGCGCGCCUCGAGGCGGCCAGCGCAGUAGGCCGCAGGCGCCCUCCCGCCGCGGGCUCGUCGAGGAGAGCGACUGGGCGUGCCCCAUCUGUUUGGACACGAUAGAAGAGCCGUACAUGACCAAGUGUGGCCACAGCUUCUGUUGCAAAUGCAUCCGUCGGAGUCUGGAGGAGAACAAUAGCUGCCCAAAGUGCAGUUCCGCCAUUAAGAAUUCAAAGCAGAUAUAUCCAAACUUCCUCUUGAACGAGCUGGUCCUGAAGCAGCGUCAGCGGCUAGAGAAUCGAAUCGAGAUGGAACAACCGAGCGUCCAUCAGCGGCAGACUAUCCAGGAGUUGCUGGCGCUGGACCGAGAUGGCUUGGAGCUGGCCGACGUGAACCGCAUUCUGGAGCUGCUCACUCAGAAGAAGAUGCAGCUGGAAGCGACUCCACCUUUGCUCGCACCGGUGACAGUGGCCAAGUCGCCUUACAAGGGCGGCAUCCCCAAGCCCCUUGUCACGGGGGAGGUCGUGAAGAAAAAGCGAAAAGUUUUGCAUCUGUCGGACUCUGAGGGCUCGGACAGCAUGGAUUUUACGGUCGACGAAGAGCUGCUCGCAAGUGUGUCGGGCGUGAUGCCGUCCAAGCGAACUGAACAGGCCAGGGCAGCAGGCAAGAUGAGAUCUGCCGUCGUUGUCACGAGUGUCAAGACGGCGAUUGAGUUCUCAAGAAAAACCACGUUGACAGCAAAGAUCAAACAAGGGAAGAUGGCCUCUGCAUCACCUUCCAUCAAGCUUCCUGCAAAACGGCGACACUCACCCUUUGAGUGGUUUGAGGGUCCAGAUGUCGACACCACUUCUGAAUCGGAGGAUUAAAAGAGAAUCGGAGUUUGUUUUGAGCGACGUUGUUCUACAUUCCAUUGUUCUUGGCGAAAUGGUAGCCAGGGUGGAGACUUCUAGCCACCGCAGUUCAAAUGUUUUGGGUGUUCAGUUUUAAGUCGCUGCUUUUCAUCAAUUUUCAGAGAGGAGGUGGGGGGGUGGACACUUUCGCCGUUAACACUGGUCAACAACAACAACACAGCAUGUUUUUCUGGCCUGGACUUUUGCAGCUGUUCUAGACUAAUUUCAGGGUGCCGAUUCCAAAUCUGAUCUCAGAUUUGCUCAAUCACAUCUCAUUUUUAAUCCUUUAUAUUAAGUUCGCUUGCUUGCUUAGGACCGUGCAAAUCUUUCGGUCGUUUUUUAACCCACUUCCCGUGAUCCAAUCGAGCUGACAUUUUGCACACAGACUCGUUGUGCGUGACAAUGCAUUUUCCUGAAAAAAAAAUUCCUAAAUUUUACACAGUUUAGAGAAAUUUAAAUAUUUAAUUACCAAUUGUUUAAUGGUGGCAGACACUCAUCUGACCCAUAGGUGGCAGCCAUCUCAAGCCAGAGGACGAGAGGACUCUAGCCGCCCCGAUGCCACGCAUAUAAAGGAUUUAUAGUGAAAAACUUUGUUUUUACGGGUUAAUUUUUUAUGCUAUCGGCAUACCCCAUUUUCAUCGAUUUUACCCGAAAUUAACUCUGUCACUUCUGAUUGCAAGUUGUUGCGAGUCAGUGACUGCUUUAGUGUUAAAAUAUGGUGCUGUAUUUUUAGGAUAGUGUGCUUAUAAUAUCAUUUUAUGUAGAUAUCCACAUUUAUUUAAUAUUUUUCUUCUGCAGUUUUUAUUGAAAAUGCAAUCUUUGAUAUCUCAAAAACAUUUUGAUUGCAUUUUGAUUGUAAAGUGAACGUUCAUUGUUUCUGUUCGUUGCGUGUACGCUCAAAAUUAAAGCGCUUA